AUGGACGACUACACAGAUGACAGUUACCGAAGAGUCAAAAACGACUCAGAAGCAAAAAGAGAAAGAGAAAAGGCGAUGGUAAAGAACUUGAUUACUAUAACUUUUCCUUGUUGAUACAACGAGCUUUCCUUUUUUGGACGCACAUUCAUUGGGUUGUGUGAGUAGAAAAACGAUUCUUGUUGCAUACUGGGUUAGCAAGAAAACGCGUUUGACUCAGGCGCUCAAAGCGCAGGGCUGAAGCAGGAACCUAUCUAAUCGAAUCUAAUCUAAUCACAACAAUGGACCAAACAACUUCUCAAACCACUCCAGGCUUCCUUCGGUGCCAUGGACGAAGAUGUCGAUAGACGUGGAUCUGGCGGUAUCAACUAUGCUGAGAUCCAUCAGAGACCAGGCGCUAGUGUCGGCAUCAAUCCUGCCCUUUCUCCAGAACCAGAAGGCUUUGAUGACUCACCGUUAUCGCCAUUUGCGGAUUCUGUAAGCGGUGGAUUCCACUUCGGUGGUGGCUUGAGCAGUGCUGCAAGCGAUCCAGG